AUGUUCAGACGGGCCAUUCAAUCGCGGCAAUUGGGCGCCUUACCUCGAAGCAUACACAAUGCCUUGUAUUCAACUACUGUACAUACUCGAAAUGUUGUCGAGGAAAUGACCGAUCGAGGCCUUCUUGCACAAAUCACAAGUCCGGAUCUUUUGCGUCGAACACAGUCAUCGACGGGCAUCUACUGUGGAGUGGAUCCAACAGCAAAGAGCUUGCAUCUUGGUAACCUUGUCACUCUUAUGGGAUUACUGCAUUUUGGUAUCCAUGGACACCAAGCGAUUGCACUAGUUGGUGGUGCAACAGGCAGCAUUGGAGAUCCUUCAGGCCGAAAAUCGGAACGCGUGCCAUUGACUAGAGAUGUAUUGGAGCAGAAUGUCGCUGGCAUUGAAAGGCAAAUCCACCGAUUCUUUGAAAAUGGAACGACCUAUGCCGCUCGACAUGGAUAUCCUUCAGCUACCAAACCACCCAAAGUGCUCAACAAUUAUGAUUGGUUCAGUGGAAUGAGUGCUCUCGAGUUCCUCGGUGACGUUGGACGUUAUGCACGUGUCAAUACGAUGUUAGGAAAAGAAAGUGUCAAGAGUCGAAUCGAAAGUACACAAGGCAUUAGCUUCACCGAAUUCUCGUACCAGCUGCUUCAAGCUUAUGACUUUUGGUACCUGUAUCAAAACCAUGAAUGCCGAGUACAGCUUGGUGGAAGCGACCAAUGGGGAAACAUCACAGCUGGCAUUGACAUGAUCAAUCGGAAGCGAGGUUUGGUAGAAGAAGAAUCACUUGAGGAUCGAGCCUUUGGAAUCACCAUACCACUGCUUUUAACGUCAUCGGGCGAAAAGUUCGGCAAAUCAGCAGGCAAUGCUGUUUGGCUAGAUGAAUCCAUGACCAGCUUUUUCGAUUUCUAUCAGUUUUUCAUGAAGACAGCCGAUGACGAUGUUGCCAAGUAUCUUUCCAUGUUUACUCUUCUUCAGCGGGAUCAUAUCAAAGAAAUCAUGCACGAGCAUCAGAAAAACCCAGAGAACCGGGUCGCACAACAAGAACUCGCAAAUCAAACAACAGAGCUCGUCCAUGGAGCGGAUGGUCUGCACAAGGCUCAAACGGCAACCAAGGUGCUAUUUGGUGGUGAUUUGGGAUCUGUCACUGGUGAAGAAAUUGUGCAAGCUUUCAAGGAUGAUUCAAGUCGGCUCGUUCAAUUGGAUCGUAACCAGGUUAUUGGAUCAGGAUUGGAUGGCAUCGCUACGUUGGCAAAGGCAACCAAAUCCAAAUCUGAUGCCCAAAAAAGGAUCAAAGCGGGCGGUCUGUACCUGAAUAAUGCGCGCGUUGCGGAUCCACGUUAUAAGGUUGCUGAAUCGGAUCUCCUUGAUGGACAAGUGUGUGUCAUCCGCUGCGGCAAAUCCUCAUACCAUCUUGUUCACGUUGUAUAG